CGUCACCUCCGUUUUACGUUUGUAACCCGGAAGUAAAUUUUUGGGAGGGUUGUCGUGUUUACAAACGUUUGUAGUGUUUUCAUGUGUUAUUCACAGCAGAUAUGCCUCGUUACUGCGCUGUGAAAGUUUGCCGAAACCGCGGGGGGACUGCAUGGAAGACAAUAAGCAAUAUGCCAGAAAAUAAGAGAAUUAGCUUCUACCCGUUUCCUUUGCAAGACAAGCAGAGGCUUCAGAAGUGGGUGGACAACAUGAGGCGGGAGGAGUGGACUCCGAGUCGACAUCAGUAUCUCUGCAAUGAACACUUUACAGAAGACUGCUUUGACAUCCGAUGGGGAAUCCGUUACCUGAAGAGUACAGCCAUUCCCACCAUAUUUCCUCCAGUAGAUGAUGGUGAUAAAAUAUCAGCUGCCUCUAAAAGAAGCUUAAACACCAAACCCAGCACUUCGGAUUCUGACAGAGAGCCUAAAGCGUCUCCUCCCAGAAAGAGGCCCCUCAUUUUGAGACAAAUAUGUAAACAAAUCCAGCUAAACACAGAAAACACGACUGUCACAGGAUACUCAGAACUGACGUCAGACCUCCCGGUGGCACCAGAAUCGGUUUCUGCUCAUGAGUCAAUCCUCUCAGAGACACAAAGUACUCCUUGUGAGAUAGCGGGCGACAUUGGAAGGUCAAUACAUGCUGGAACCCAGCCUGAAGAGCAGGGUGACUCCUUUCUUUCCGUGUUGGGUUGUGAAACGCUGGGUGCUUUAUCCAAUGGAGUGGCAGAAGUAGAUGCUGCUUCUCCUCAGGCAGCGCUUGGACAGACUUUAAAAUUGGUUCCUUUGGAAACGUUGAAGGAGAACACAGACUGUUGUGUGGUAGAAACACGAUUCGGGGACGAGGAACACGCUCGGCUUGACGAGCACUCGUACUGCAGGCCGGACACAGACAAAGACGAGCUGUGGAAUAAGAUCUUAGGCUUACAUGCAAAGAUCUUGGAACUGGAUCGGCGGGAGGAGAGCACUGUGGCUAAAAUCCAUGCUCUGGAAAAUGAGAUGGCGCUCCUGAAAAGGGACGAUGCUGUUUUUAAGGAAAAACAGAAAUUACUGGAGGAUUAUAUAUCAUCUGUUUUGCUCUGAUUUUAUAAAUGAAAUUGCUAAAUGUGUACUUGCACAAACUUAUGAAGCUCAAAAUCUACACUCACAAUUAAGUCACUUCAAAUGCAUAUCCAAUUAUGUCCACCAGAUGGUACUGUUAGCAUUUUCUGUGCUUUACUGGAAAGGAUUUGAUGGGAUAUAGUACAAUGCAGUGCCUAAUAAAGCACUAUGACUUAUUAGAUAAAGGAUGCCCGCAGCAGGAUUCUAAAAAGGUCUGAGAAAUUUUAAAUCUGCUGCAGGAUUCUUAAACGUUCAAUAAAACUUUUAAAAACA